AUGUCUUUAAAUUACAUCAAGAACUUCUAUGAAGGAUGUCUCAGGCCUCCAACAGUGAUUGGUCAGUUCCAUACCCUUUUCUUUGGCUCAGUUCGAAUGUUUUUCCUUGGCGUUUUGGGCUUUGCAGUUUAUGGAAAUGAGGCCUUGCACUUCAGCUGUGAGCCAGACAAGAGGGAGGUUAAUCUCUUCUGUUACAACCAGUUCAGGCCCAUAACUCCUCAGGUAUUCUGGGCAUUACAGCUAGUGACGGUUCUGGUACCUGGAGCAGUGUUUCAUCUUUAUGCUGCAUGUAGAAACAUCGAUCAGGAAGAUAUCCUCCAAAAGCCCACCUAUACUGUUUUUUAUAUCCUCUCUGUUCUGUUAAGGAUUGUCCUUGAAGUUGUGGCUUUUUGGCUUCAGAGUCAUCUCUUUGGCUUCCAAGUGAACCCACUCUACAGGUGUGAUGCAGGAGCCCUUGACAAAAAGUUUAAUAUUACCAGAUGCAUGGUGCCAGAACACUUUGAAAAGACAAUUUUCCUCAUUGCUAUGUACACUUUUACUGUGAUUACAGUGGUGUUGUGUGUUGCUGAGAUUUUUGAGAUCUUAUGUAGGAGGCUGGGUUUUUUAAAUAAUCAGUGACCCUGUUGUCAUAUUGAAUUACUCCUAUUUAUGUGCUAUCUGUUCUGACAGUUGUGUGUGGUGGGUUUUUUAUGUACAAUGGAGAUCUCAGUGUGAAACAAAAACCACUUUUUGUACACCUCUGCAAUUUUGUAUAGGAACUUCCCUUACAUGCGCUUUUUUGUAUAUUACUGUUGUCAAAUACAUAACUAAGGGCCAGAUCCAAAAGACAUUUACUCGUGUGAAUAAUCCUUACUUACAUGUAUAGACUGAAGUGAAUGAAACGACACAUGUGAAUGAAUGCCACUUCAAUGCCAUUUAAAGCAAUUUGGUGAGGGAUUGGGAGAAUUUUU